ACGAGCCGCGGCCAAAACCUAAAACCUCCCCCGAGACUGAGCGCAUCAAUCGCUACCGGAGCCCCAGGAGCGACACAGAGUGAACUACUGACUCUGAUCUGAGAUAACCUGACUCAUUUUACACGCUGAAACUGAUGGGAUGCUCAUAAAGUGAUGAGAGAGGAGUUUACAGGACGAAAUAAAUUGUGUGGUUGUUUUAGGAAGUGUCCUCCUUCGUGCUCCAGCGGUCGUCAAUGCACCAUGGCCGCCUUCAAGGGAGUGUGGACGCAGGAUUUCUGGCGAGCAGUUGGCGGAGAGUUUCUGGCCAUGCUGAUUUUCGUGCUGCUUGGCUUGGGCUCCACCAUCAACUGGUCGGCAGGGCAGGAAAGCCCCCCACCCCCUGACCUCGUCCUAAUUUCUCUGUGCUUUGGCUUGUCUAUAGCCACGCUGGUUCAAUGCUUCGGGCACAUCAGUGGUGCUCACAUCAAUCCAGCAGUCACAACAGCGAUGGUGGCCACACGGAAGCUGAGCCUGGCAAAGGGAGUGUUCUACCUGGGAGCACAGUGCAUUGGAGCAGUUGUAGGGACGGCCAUCCUGUAUGGUGUGACCCCACCUGCUGUGAGAGGGAGCCUGGGAGUUACAUCGGUCAAUGCAGGUAUCUCCACAGGCCAUGCCCUGGUGAUUGAACUCCUCAUCACUUUCGAGCUGGUCUUCACUGUCUUUGCCACCUGUGACCCCAAGCGCUCUGACCUGAAGGGUUCGGCAGCACUGGCUAUCGGUUUAUCUGUGUGCAUCGGCCACCUGUUCGCCAUCCCGUACACUGGAGCCAGCAUGAAUCCUGCUCGCUCGUUUGGCCCUGCAGUCAUCAUGGGGCACUGGGAAAACCACUGGGUCUACUGGGUGGGUCCUGUGAUAGGUGCUGUUCUAGCAGGGGCUCUGUACGAGUACCUGUUCUGUCCUGACCCUGAGCUGAAGCGACACUACACCAGUGUUCUGGCCCGGAGCUCCUUCCCCCGAGGUCAAUAUGAAGGCAUGGAUCCAGCCCGUUUCCCCAGCGAGCAAGCUCAGCUUGUGGUCAAGCAGCCGGCUUUCACCGUGCUGGACGUGGAGCGAGCAGAGAGGAAGGAGAGGGAGGCGGCCGGUGAGGUGUUGUCCUCUGUAUGACUAGUGAGAAGCACUGAGGAGGAAGUACAACAAUCUGGACAUUACACCACAGCCCAGCUUAAAGAGACAGACCUCAUCUAGAGGUGUUGGGUGUGAGUGUAUGUGUGUGUGUUUAUUAUUACAAUAUUUUUCACUAUUUUCUAUUGCUGCAUGGUAGUGGGUACAAGUAGAACACUAUGCAUCAGCUCUAACAGUCACAUUAUAUUCACCUUUGAGUCAGCACCUGAUUUAUGAUUGUUAUCAGCUGAAGCAGACUUGAAUAGUGAACUGCAUAAAACUGCCUAACAAACAGAAAUCUCACACACACAAACACAUACACACACACACACACAGCUAACCCAUUUAAAAACUGUCUUGUUCACUAAGCAAAUGUGUAAAAAUCACCUAAUACACAUUCAACCCAUCAUUAAUAGACAUUCACCAGUGUUUUAUGUAAAAAGAUGAAAAAGACCUGAUAGCAGUGGUGGUCCAAAGCCUCAAGCAGCUAAAAAAAUGGAGCAAGUGCAGCACAUUCUUUUCCACAUUUAUUAGAGGGAAUGCUUUUGCUUCUUUUAUUUUAAUUCAAAUGUAAAUUUUAUAUCCAGUCCUUUUAUUACUAAGGAGAAUAGCAUCUCUUUUAUUGCUUAUCUGGGUUAAGUACUACACUGCUAACUGCACUAUGUAACUCUGGUGAAGUAAGCAGGAUGAUGCUCAUUAUUAAGUUUAGAAGGUGUCCACUUAGAGGAAAUAAAGUAAUUGUUUUAAAUUGAUGAGUCAAAACACUAACACAGUUCACCCUAAAAAUCCCUGUAUUUUGCCUGCUAGUUGUGAAACAAUAUCUCCCCCACUUUCCGUCAAAGUCAGGCAUGCGUGUCCGUAACAAAAAUGUCCUUUCAGUCCCUGAUGAUGCCACUGCUGUGCUGUGAUCAGGAGUCCAGGAUAACAUCCCUAGCCUUGUUUCCCCUGGGUAUGUUGGAGGCUGAUGGAAUAGGAGAGGCAGUUAGCUUUUCCCUGCAUUGAACUGUCCAAGGACGCUGUGUUAUAGCUGUCUAAUAAAGAUGCGGUGGCCCCUCAUGCAUCUUGGAGGAGAAACACGCCAACAUUCACUCUUCCAGCUUGCCAUCACUGUUUGAUUGGAAGAAAACAUGAGGGAAUUGGCCUUUGGGAAUUAGAUGUAAUACAGAGGUAAUACAAACAUUAAUAUGUAUUAUAUCUGGAGAAAGUACACCUAAAGCAACUAUGCAAAACCAUAAUAAUAAAGCACAGGGUAGUACAGUAAUUUUCAUUACCAUACAGUCUUAAAAUUUGAUUAAUUAGAUAAUAAAAUUAAUAUAGAAAUAUAAUACAAUCUUAAACUAUGUAGCUGUGUGUAAAAAACACACAGUGUCUCAAUGAGAAAUGUACUCAUAAUUAUAAAAGGCAGUUUUUAAAGUCUAAUUCUAACCAGUAUACCCAGGUCACAGCUCGUAGUGUACCCUAAGCUGUAAAGAGAGCUGGUCUAAUAACUGCUUACUCUCAUUUGUAAACAGAGAGACAGUCUAAUGACUCACUGAGCACUAAAGUGACACUUAAUGAAGAGUGCUUCAUAACAUAAUGCCUGAUUGUAGCUGCUUUUCAGUACAGACGGAGGCUCAUUUGAUUCUGCCUCUAUUUAGCAGCUUGUUUUGACCAGCAGUGAAGGACAUUAGAUCAUUUGCAUCUUGAUUCUGAUUGGUCAGUUUAUUCAUAAGAGGAGGCAGUAGGUCAACAGCCUCAUCUGGUGGGCUUCAAUUAGAGCAUGUGGUAAUUUGCUUGUGUUGUGUAGAUUUUUUUUUGUUCUCACAAAUAGAAACAUAGGCUUAUGAAAACACACAAACAAUUAAAUUAGGUUUGAAUAUGUAAUGUUAAACAAUUUUGAGAGUGAGCACCACUUGUGUCCUUUGAUGGACCACCACUGUGUUACAUAUUAUUAUUGAAAUUUUGCUUAAAGGCUUAAUUCAGUCUGUUACUGGUGAAUGUGUCGAGUAAGUUUUAAUCAUGGAGUCACAGUCAAACUACACAAAAAAAUGAGGCCUUGGAUUUGUUUUAAACAUAAUAUGUUGAUUUGACACAUUUUGCUUAUGAGCAAUGAUGUGACACAGUUACAUGUUGUACAGGCAGAGAAUUUAGCCAACACUUUACCUUAUUUCUUCCUCAGUGCACAUCUCCAAAACCUCCUCCCUCUCUCUUUACCUCUUUAGCUCUUUUUUCUCUCUCUCUCUCUCUCUCUCUCUCUCUCUCUCUCUCUCUCUCUCUCUCUCUCUCUUUUUCUCUCUUUGGUAGUGGUAGAGCUAUUAGAUUGUCUGGUGAUAUUGUGUGUAGCUUUAAUAGAAAUGUAGACAGUAACUCAGUGUGUCUCUGCUGGUUUGUGCUGACAGUCAGUGACUGAUGACUGGUGACUGAUAGCAGGUAAAAGCCAGGAGAGAAGGGUAAGUGAAGCGCUGACAGACAGAUAAAUCACAGCUGUCUGACUGUGAAUCAGCAGCUCCACUGGGACCAAACCAUAAGGUGUGAGUAGGAUUGUAUGUUAUACUAAAUCUGAAAAGUCUGAAAGUGCUUGUGCUUAGUAUAAUGCUGGAAUAAAAUCAUGUUAAUUAUAAAUUAUGUGCAAAAAAACACAUGAAAUUAUCUCUAUUCUGUUUUUUUGGUUUACAUGCUCACAGAUUAUUGUUUCUUUGAUUUUUUGUUUUCCUUUUGAUUUAUUUAUUUAUUUAUUUAUUUUGUGCAUAAGUCAUUGAUAUGUGUAACUGAUAUGUAAUUUCAGGGAACCUUACAGACUUAACCUUAAUUAUCCGAUUAAUAAAGCUUAAUAAAUAUACACAUUCAUUGCCACUGACUUACUAUCGCAUGCUGUAUUUUCUAAUCUGAAUGUUUACAUUAUGCUUUAAAUUUAUGCAAUUUAUUUAAAACCUAUUUUUAUUGACUUUUUUCUGUAGUUUCUAAAGCUUAGCUGUUGUCCUAUGACCGUAAUGAUUAAAAAAGUUUGUUUUAGUUAUUGAAUUUAGUCAUUUGAAUUUAGUUUCUAAAGAAGCUUCUAGAGUAGAGUAAGUUUGGGUUGAAAUGGACAAAUUACUAAUGUUUAAAAUAUUUUUUAUGGCAAUCAUAGUGCCGUUGGUGCAUAAUUUAAUUUAGUUAAGCUAUACAUUUUGUGAUGAAGUAUUUAAAAUGUAAACUGUGAAUUGUAACUGCAAGAAUGUUAACAGAUCUAAUUGCAUUACAGGAUAAAAUUAUUUGCAAACCAGAGAUUUCUAAAGUGGUGGUAAGCCAUGACUAUUAGACCAGGCUUUCGGUUUAGGCUUAAGUGUAAAAAUGCUUUGUGCUAGGCUGAUUCUAGUGGUAUUAAAUCACUAACCUAAAGCCGAUGCACUUUCUGAAACACAGUAAUCUUUGUUUUCUUUAUAGUAAAGACUGUGGUCUGUUGUUUGUCAGAUAGCAAUUCCACGUUCAUUUAUAAUGUUAAACAUUACGUUAUGCUUAUCUUAUUUUAUCUGUUCUAUCAGUCAGUCAUCUGUUAUUAAUUUUUACUACCCAGAUUAAAUAUCAACCAAUAAUCAUAACGAGGUGUAUAUUAGCAUAAUAUAACAUUGA